CAACCAAUCGACCCUGAAAACAAUUUGCGAAGAAGAAAGAAACCCUAAGAAGAUGUUGAUGGAGGAAGAGACUUGAUCAUGGUGAUUGAUCACAGUAGCGGCGACACCAUCUGCUCAGAGUGUGGCCUUGUCCUCGAAGCUCACAUCAUCGAAUACUCUGAGGAAUGGAGAACUUUCGCCUCCGACGACAAUCGCAGUGACAGAGACCCAAACCGUGUUGGUGCUCCGACGAACCCUCUUCUCAAAUCCGGCAAUCUCGUUACCGUCAUCGAGAAACCUAAAGAAAACGUUUCCUCUGUUGUGUCCAAAGAUGAUCUCUCUACUUUGUGCCGUGCGCAGAAUCAAGUCAAGAAUCAUGAAGAAGAUCUAAUCAAGAAAGCAUUCGAGGAAAUACAGAGAAUGACUGAUGCACUAUACCUAGACAUGGUUAUAUACUCUAGGGCUUGUGAGAUUGUCUCCAAAUUCGAUGGUCACGCUAACACGAAAUUACGCAGAGGGAAGAAGCUAUACGCUGUUUGUGCAGCCUCUGUUUCAAUGGCUUGUCGUGAACUGAAACUGUCGAGGACAUUGAAAGAGAUCGCUAUGGUUGCCAACGGUGUUGAAUUGAAGGAUAUUCGCAAAUCAAGUAUGGUGAUAAAGCGUGUUCUUGAAUCAGAUCAAGCCUCAGUGUCUGCUGCUCAAGCGAUUAUAAACACCGGAGAACUUGUUCGCCGGUUCUGUUCCAAACUUGAUAUAAGUCAAAGAGAGAUAAUGGCGAUUCGAGAAGCGGUUGAAAAAGCUGAGAAUUUCGAUAUCCGAAGAAACCCUAAGUCAGUUCUUGCUGCAAUUAUCUUCAUGAUCUCUCAUAUAUCUCAGACCAACAGGAGACCUAUUCGAGAAAUUGGGAUCGUUGCGGAAGUCGUGGAGAAUACGAUCAAGAACUCGGUUAAAGAUAUGUACCCAUACGCCUUGAAGAUUAUACCUAACUGGAAAGAGCAUGAGGAUCAUCAUCUGAAGGAGCAGGAGGAAGGAAAAUGUCCUUGUCUACAAUGAUCUCAGGAGCAUGAACCUUUGCUUUCUCGCAACAGUCUUCACUAGCAUCAUCCAGCAUAGACUCAACCAGUGUAUGCUUGUGAAUCAGACAUUAUCAAGAGGUUAGAUGGUGUCAUAACAUCUUGGGAUUCUGCAAAAAUUUCAGUAUAAGGAAGUCACUACCUGAGAGAGAAGCUUUGGGAUUGUUGAGUGAUGUUCUGAUUUAAAUUUGUUGUAGUCUCUUUUCUGAUGCAUUACAUUCAUCUAUGUUUAGACGUUUGCUUUAUGGAAGUAUAUUUUAGACUUGUGCUUAUGUAAAAUCCUCUUUAUGAUGUACUGCAUCUUUGGUAAUCAAGAUCAAGUUUAAUA